GCUAGUUCUUCGGUAAACUCAAAAUGGCAGCCUGAUGUCCAUCACCACCUUCAGGUGUUCCAGCCGAGGGUUUCUUGCUGGGCUACUCCAAUUCCAAGGAUGGAUCAUGUUCUGAAAUCGGUCUUCUCCAAGGAUAAUGUAGAACAUGUCACUGCAGAGGAAACUCUGAAGUCUGAACAUGCUGGCUGAAAUCAUUCAGUAGAGUAAGAAGAAAAUCGCCAAGGAUGUUAUAGGAGAAGGGCAGCAGCCUCGUUCUCCAAUAUUUUUUUUACAAUGAAUGGGAUGUACUGGAAACUGAUUUGAAUGAUUUAGAGCUCAUAUGGCCACUCUUGACGGACAGACUUCCGAACUGAAGCAGGCACUUCUGCACGAAACAGCAGAGCUUUGUUAUCCUCCUCCAGGUUUGUAAGAGUAGCAAAAUCUGUGUACAGUGAAGCAGUG